AUUAUUUUCAAUUCUCUGUUAGUAGUUACAGCAUUACCUUCAAUAACUUACAUAAUGUCACGCUUAACGUUAACAUUUUACGUGAUAAUUUUCGCUACCAUUAUUCUGUUUCAUUGUAUUCAGCUCGCAACAACUCAGAACAAUGAAACAGAGAGGUUGGCAUUGCUCGAAAUCAAAGCCAAAAUAACAGAUGAUCCAUUGGGUGUAAUGAGGUCAUGGGACGAUACCAUCCAAUAUUGUGAGUGGCACGGGGUUACUUGUGGUGGUACAUACGAGCAAGUGACAAAACUAGACCUGAAUUCAUCAGAAAUCACGGGUACGCUCUCUCCCUAUAUCGGAAAUUUAAGCUUCCUGCAGCAGUUGCGCCUUGACAGUAACAACUUUGUUGGGAUGAUUCCGGAUAGUCUAGGAAAAUUAAAGAAUCUGACCAUUAUGGUUUUAGAUGAGAAUAUGUUCAAUGGAAUAGUCCCACCUUCAAUCUUUAAUCUCUCGUUGUUGACACAAUUAUCCUUAAGGCAAAAUGAGUUAGAAGGAGAUCUUCCUUCAGGUUUAGGUAAUACACUUCCGCGUCUUCAGUUCUUGUCUUUGGGCUCCAAUCGAUUUACCGGUCUAAUUCCUGCUUCAAUAUCCAAUUCUUCUAGUCUGGAUGUUCUUCAGUUGAGUCAAAACCAUCUUCGAGGUCACGUUCCUUCUCUGCACAAGUUGCAAAGGCUUUCGCGCCUAGUCCUUUCUGAUAACUCCCUUGGGUAUGACCAAGACGAAGAUUUGAACUUUGUUUCUUCUUUAGCCAAUCAUACCCACUUACUAUGGCUUCAGAUAGGCCAAAAUAACUUCAAAGGAGUUUUUCCUAAAACCAUUUGCAAUUUCUCAUCCCUUGCUAUAUUGGCAUUACACAAGAACAACAUAGUAGGAGAAAUUCCAGUGUGCAUUGGAAACUUAGCCAAACUGCAACAAUUUGUGGUUAGUGACAACAGACUUUCCGGGGUCAUUCCUUCGAGUAUAGGGCAACUCCAAAAUCUAUACACCCUAUACACGAAUGGUAACAAUUUAUCCGGGGUCAUUCCAUCUUCGAUUGGAAACUUAAGCAGCUUGUCUAAAAUUUCCUUGUCUCAUAACAACCAUAUAGGGGAAAUACCGUCUGAUCUUGGAAAUUGUACAUCUCUAAUAGCAUUAUAUUUUGCUAAUAACAGUCUUACUGGUGGUAUACCCUUGCAACUCUUUAAUCUCCCGGCCUUGUCUACCAUGAUCGAUUUUUCUGAAAACCACCUAACCGGAUCCCUCCCGGAAGAAGUUGGGAAGUUGAAUAAUCUUCAAAGCAUUUUACUAAAUGGUAACAUGUUAUCAGGUCAGAUUCCAAGCUCUAUUAGUAGGUGCGUCGUUCUAGAGUACCUAUACUUGGGGAAAAACAACUUCGGAGGCUCUAUUCCUGAUGCAUUGAGAUCAUUAAAGGGUCUUCUUGAGAUUGAUCUGUCAUACAACAAUUUAACAGGGCAGAUACCGCCAUUUCUAGCAGACUUACAGUUAAGAUUGCUAAAUCUCUCACACAAUAGCCUUGAAGGUGAAGUACCUAUUCGCGGAGUUUUUAAUAAUGCAACAAAUAUUUUACUAAGUGGAAAUGAUAGGCUCUGCGGAGGCAUAGUCGAGUUACAUUUGCCUCGAUGCAGUAGUAGUCCGGACAAACAGGAAAGCAAACAGGGGCACACGAAGAAAUUGACAGUCACAAUUCUUUCUUCAUUUUUCGGAGUUAUUCUGGUAUUGGCUUUAGUACUUGUGUUGUUGAAAAAAUCAAGGAAGAGAAAAAAGACUAAUGAACCCGUGUCACACGAUAUAUCAGGUCAUAGAAUAUUUCCAAAUUUGUCUUACCAGACACUCCUUAGAGCAACUAAUGGGUUCUCCCCGGAACAUCUGAUUGGCAGCGGAACAUUUGGGGUUGUGCACAAGGGAAUCCUCGAGGAGGAUGGAUCAGUUGUUGCAAUUAAGACAUUUAAUCUCGAGCAUCAUGGCGCUUUGAAGAGUUUUAUUGCUGAAUGUGAGGUCCUUAGAAGCAUCAGACACCGAAAUCUUCUGAAGGUAAUUACAGCUUGCUCAAGUGUUGAUAAUCAAGGAAGGGAUUUCAAGGCAUUGGUAUGCGAGUACAUGGUGAAUGGAAGUUUGGAAGAUUGGUUGCAUCCAUCACAUGAAACUAGUAAUGUCAAAAGUUUAUGUGAUACCUCAAGAUACUUGAGUUUUCAUCAAAGAUUUGAUAUUGCAGUUGAUGUUGCAUUUUCCUUGGAUUAUCUACACCAUCAAGGUGGUGCCCCAAUAGUUCACUGUGACUUGAAACCGAGCAAUAUUCUCCUUGAUGAUGAAUUGGUUGCUCAUGUUGGCGACUUUGGGCUAGCCAAAAUCCUCCUAGAAGGCGUCAACAACUGUCAUGCAAAUCAAUACAGCUCCAUUGGAGUUAGAGGAACUAUUGGAUACACUCCUCCAGGUAACGUUAAAAUUUUUUACCACAAUUCUAAUUUAUCUUUAUGAGAUAGUAUAGCCGUAUAGGUUUGUGGGAUCGUGUUGAAUUCGUCUUAUUUUAAUUCCUCCGUUUUAUUAAGACUUACAACACAAACUUUUUCACUGUAUUUAAGAAAAGUAGGUCUCACAUAAUAUUUAGAAUGGGGUGAGAGAUUGUUAGUAAUAUAAUUUAGUGGGCCAUAAGCUUAAAAUAAAGGUCAUAAUUCAAUUUUCAAUAAAAAAAAUAAAAAUAAAAUAAAAGAAUUCUGAUUAUAGUGUAUUGCAAGUAUUGUAACAUUUCCAUUUUAGAGAAAUGUUGCAAGUAUUAAAAAACUGAUAAAUAAAGUAUAUAUAAUCAAUAUUAAGUUUUAACAAUUUAUGCAGAUAUAUAUAAGUCUCAUCAUGAGACCUUGAAAAGUCAAAUAAAAAUAAAAAAAAAUAAAUAAAAAAAAGGAGAUGAAGGGAAUGUAAGCCAGUGUUUGUUUGUAAACCAAUUCCCAAAUCAUGUUUUCUACCUCCAAUAAACCUAUUUUGAAGUUCAGUGUGAUCAUUAUGAUAAUAUAAAGUCAUGUUAUACGCAGAAUAUGGUUUGGGAAAUGAAGUGUCAACUGCUGGCGAUGUCUAUAGUUUCGGGAUCCUUUUACUUGAAAUGUUUACAGGAAAGCGGCCUACUAAUGACAUGUUCAAAGGGGGCUUGAGCUUGCAUAACUUCGCGAAAAGAGCUAUGCCGGAAGAGAUCACAACAAUUGUAGAUCAUUCUCUUUUGGAAGACAUUAACAAAGAGGAAAAUACCAACAAGAGCGUAAUAUUGGAGGCCUUAACUUCUAUACUUUUAGUGGCACUUUCAUGUUCAUCUGAAGUGCCUCAAGAAAGGCUGGACAUGAGUGAUGUUGCUCAAAACCUAUCUUUUGUCAGAAAUAAGCUUCUUUA